AGCCUAUCAUCAACUGUGCGCUGGCCUACACCUCACCCAAACAUCCCAUCUCCACCGCGAUCUGGCCAGACCCCCGAGGCCCUCUCUCCUCUGUACAUCUUUGGCACGAGACAUCCGCGACCCUGCGAGCCCGCCGCCCUCUGCCGCAGCCGUAGCUUGAACACGCCUCGUCACCCACGCCGACCCGCCGCCGCACAGCUCUCGGAGCACGGCCGUCGUCGUUUCUGCGGAAGCGCCAACUCACUCCCCGUGGCGACGCUUUACAUCUGACACUAGACCUACACAUUGUUAUGGCAGAGCAGAUCACCCGCGAUGUGGUAAAGGAAGCACAGUCGGUGGGUGGCCCCGCGCCCAUCGACGAUACUGCAUCAACUACCAACAACUUCGCCGGCAACGGUGAGGCGCCCUCGGGCCCGAACCCACGCGACUCGAGCCUUUCCGACGAACUGACCACGACGAACGCGACGAAUCCCCCGAAGACUGUCAACGCGGCGCGACCUUCGGAGAGCGCCGAUGGAGCCAUCGACAACUUCUCCGCCGCGACUCCGGAUCGCCAGGCGACACCGGACACGCCGUCGAACGAGAAGAGGGAAUCACUGGUGAACGGUGACGCGGGCGAGAGCUCCGCAACGGAAUCUCAAAAUGCACUCGGGGAGGGCAGCGUGGGAUCAGACACGGACAUCAGUCGUCCAGGAAGCGUAGACCCGGCAAAGCAGCCAGGUGGACAUUUACGAACCAAUUCCUCGGUCAAGAAGCCCGCAGCGUUCAAGUCUGUUUCUGUGACAAAGAACUUCCUGGCAAAGUCGGCAGUAGCCGCACCUGUAGCACGUCCCGGUGACAAAGGUCCCUCGUCGAGCUCGGUAGCCGCAUCUACUGUGCAGACUGCCCGACCCCGCCUCGUGGCCAAGUCUGGUGGCAGCAAUACGCCCCGAACGUUGGGAAAGCUUAAUGGCGCGGGCUCAGGACCGGACGCCAGUAAAGUGUGGAAUAAAAACCAGCCAAUUCCGCCUGCGCCACCGAAACAGUUCACUGAUGAAGAGCUCAAGCAGCAGUAUGGUAUUCAUCUGGCAACUCGACUACAAGCAGACGAUGGUGGGAAGGAGGCAAAGUGGGCAGACAUAGACGACGACGAGGACGACUGGGCGCCGGAAACUGUGCAGUGGAUGGAUGGUACCAAGUCGACCGUUGCGGCGGAAAACCAACCACCACCACCUGACGACACUAAAUCUGCGCCCAAAAUUGAAGCAUCUUUGGCAGUUGCGAAACCAGCUCCAGCUUCAGCGCUGGCUCCAGCUGCACCGCCAGCGCCAGCACCAGUGCCAUCGUCAAGCUCACAACGGGCUGUUCUGACUGGUGGGACGAAGACCAUUCUAAAACCAGGAGCAAGUGCGCAAGCAAGUGCCGCCAAACCCAAAGGUCAGCUUGAAAAGCCUACCUUGGUGGCCAAACCUUCUUCUGCUGCUCCAGUCAAGUCGCCUUGGGCUCAGCUACCUCCAGUCGAAAAAGUUUCUCCCAUACAGAUUAAUCCUCCAGCACAACAGCCUCAACCUCGUUACUCCAGAGAUUCGUAUGGCUACGAUGAUAUGCCACCAUCGCACGCUAUGGCAAAGGAAAUAGCGCCCGAUGAUUUCAACCGUGCUUGGCGAGAUGAACGUGGUCACCGGGAGUUAUUCAACUCGCAUAGUGGCCGGUACGAACCUGUUAGUGAGAUGAGGCGCGGCUCUGUGCGAGACAAUUCAUAUCGUCAACAGCCUUCGGUCCUCCAGCGACCGUCACAAGAUGGUCCUGCGGAACCCUCCGCAGCCUUUCAAACCUCGAGGACUAGCGCCGAUGGACCAGGCUGGGGCCGACGGAGGAAUUCCUCGAACGUCAGUGGAGGCAGCGGUCGCCGCAUGUCCUUCGAUAGGCGAGGCCCCGACCUACCUCCUGUGCCAAUGAACACGCAACGACGAGAUUCGCAAUCGAUAAACGGGUUCGACGUGGGCGCUUCAGGAGCGCCACGGCAUGCGUUGCUUAAUAAGACGGGACCUACCGAUCAGCCGCCACUGAUAGAACCUGCGAACUUGACGCAGAUUACGUCGCCAAAUGUUGCACAUGUGCAACCGGCAUCACCGUUGGAAUCUGCAGCCUCACACGAUGCCGGCACGCCCGGUGCUCCCUCUCAGAUUCAGAACCUCGUCGAGGUGCAAGAGCGACUCCUCCAUUCCAACAUCGAAGCCAUUAGGUUACGAAAACAGAAGGAAAAAGAGCAGGAGGAGAAGGAAGAGGCAGAACGGAAGGAGCGGCUUCGCAAGCGCUUGGAGGCUCUAGGGUUCACGGACGAUGCCAAGUCAAAAGCGAAGGAGCCGUCGCCAUCGCGAGCUCCUCAGAAGUCGCCGCAGAAAGGGAAGGCAGUACCAGCCUCAGUGCAGUCGCCACCUAAGCCCCCUGUGCCUACCUCAGAAGGUGAGGUGGCUCAAUACGGGAUGAUGAAGGUCCACCAGGCUCAACCAGUCCGAAAACCAGUCUCUACCGAACCAGCGUCAAAACCUGGUGCUCCCAAGUCCAGCCCCUCGCCAAUGAAAGCGCAGGCCGAAGUCCAGCCGCUGCCUUCACUUGCUCAGUCUAUGUCGCCCGCGAACGAACUCUCUCGCGAAAGUGAUAGCUCUAAGCCUCGACCCGACCACGCGCAAGCACAGGCGCAGCAGGCAAGACCGGCCGGCGCGACGGAUGAUAAAGUUGGUCAACCUCCACAAGGCCCUUGGUCAUCGAAGCUUCCUCCACAACGACCGGUUGGCUGGGGUUCAAGUGGCUCGAGCGUUUGGGGUCCUCCUCAAGCUAGAGACAGAGCUCUCGGAAACGGCACUUUUGGUCAACAAGUGGCAGCCCCGCCGCAGUCGAGUGCAGCUCCAAUCGGGCUCCCUUCUUCCUUGAAGAGCAUUCCCCCACAGUCUCAGGCCGCGCCUGUUCCGCCAUUCACGCAACAGAACAUGUACCCUCAAGCUGUGCCAGCUCUGACUCAGGGUAGCGGAGUCUCUAAACCCGGGCCCAUCGCCCCUCCUCCCGCUGACAAAGGCUGGGGUAACUUCCAAGCACACAUUCGCCAGGAUGAUCUUGACAUACGUGUGAAAGCUGAGCGGGAGCGUGAACGCGUAGGUACAGACUUCCGCCCGGAGCUUCGGGAAACAUACAAGGACCAGAAAGGGAACACGGAAACAACCGUGCAUCCAAAGGUGGGUGGCAUUGACUCCAAGGCCUCACAGCCAGCAACUACUCCCGAGUCGAAGCAUGAAGCUCUCCAAGCACAUGAGGCCCCAAUCAGCCAAGGUGCUUCGCAUCAACCAGCUACCCAAGGCGGUCGCUCAUCGCGUUUCUUCCCCAAGCCCCCACCAGCCUCUAAACAAGAGUCACCUCCCCCUCCUGAGACAGAGUCCCAUCCAGCAUUCAGUGGCGACAUAUCGCACCCUGUUGUAAGGAUGCCUAAACCUUCACCGCGAGUACGAUUACCACCCACUGCUGUGGGAACUGCGGCGCAUACGGAAGCGCCCGUGAGUAUGCCGCCUCGAAGCCGCCUUGGCAUCGGAGCGCGACCUCUCGCCCUUACACAAGAAUGGCAGGCAAGGUUCAACAGUCUUUUAGAUAAGACUCCAGCCGCGGGACCGGGAUCUGCACCGAUCACUAGGCCCUCACCUUCGGUCCAGGCACCACUGAACUCCAAGCCCGGCUCUCUCGCCAUAGCACCGUCAUCGAAGGCCCCUCUUGAAGUUCGUGAGACCUCUGCCUCUGCCACUGUUUCUCUUCCAGUGUCUACCAACCGAAGGAGUUUCAUCAAAGAUGGCAGCAGUGAUGUCACAACCCGCGAAGGCGCUGAAGACCUUCUUGAGGACAGAGAAUUUGGCUCGUUGCCGACAGUGAAGGUGCCGAAGACCCCGCACUUAGCUGCCAACGAACCGCCCGUUGGUUUCCCGCCCAGUGUCCGUCAGCAUUCAAAGUACGGAGGCAAGUUCUACCCUACCAGUAAACCUACUUUGCAGGAAGACAAGCCAGAGAGGCACGACAACACGAUUGACGUCAACAUCCGUAUCGGCAAUAUUCGGGAGCUUGUAACGAAGUCAAUGUCAAUCAAACGUAAGGGAACCAGAGGUUACAGUCAGCAGAAGCCACGACGCAGUCCAGCAAAUGGCGCAGGCAACGCGUCUUCUGUUGGACAAAAUUCGCGCACUCGUAAGCCCGCAAGUUAUCAGGGUCAGGGCACGAGCUCGAACGGUUCAUCUCAAAGUCCAGCAAGCAACGCCUGGUCGAACAACCGGUCAUCACCGGCUCACACCAACCCUUGGACUACCAAACGGCAGACACCCUCAGCUCCCGUUCAUUAAAGCCCAUCGAAUCGAAGUAAUAACACCACUGGUUCUUUGCGUUACCCUUGCGUCUUAUAGCACGGAUACAUGCAAUCCUAGAACACGUGGCGUUUAAUCGCGGUUCACGCUCGCUG